GCGCGCGAAAAAUCUUUCCUCUCUUUCUGUUGUUGGACUAUUUAUACCAUUUAGGCUAGACUGGUAGACUCUCGCUGCUACUGCCUGCUUUAUUACUACUUUCAUUCUUUUUCUUGCAUUUUUAUCAGUAAUAUCCAUCCAAAAUGUCUGCUAUUCGUCCUGUCGCAGUCUAUGCCUUGAAGGUUCCCACUGGGGGAGUCUUGAUUCCUGCUGUUCCCCAGGCCGCGGCUUCGUUCCGUGUGAGCAUGGCUGCCAUUGACCCCGACGAGACCCCCGAGCUCGAGGAUGGAAUCGACCCCAGCAGACCCCGUGCUACUCUUAAGCUUAUCCGCCCUCCUCCUGGAAUGAACAUUGAAGAGUCGGAUGAGGAGGACGACUGGGAAGACGAUGAUGAAGAAGACGAUGAUGAGGAGGAGUCCAAUGGCGGCCCUAGCGACAAGGAGAAGGCCCGCAAGCUCAAGGAAGCUGCUGCUCUGAAGGAGAUGGCAGAGGACGAGGACGAGGAUGAUGAUGACGAGGACGAGGAUGAUGAUGACGAUGAGGACUUCGACCUCAAGGCCGCCAUCUCCAAGCUUGUCAAGGGCAAGGGCCCUGCUACUGACGACGAUGAGGAGGACGAUGAGGACGAGGAGAGCCUGGACGUCGACGAGGCGGUUAUUUGCACCCUGGACCCGGAGAAGCACUACCAGCAAGCUCUUGACAUCACUGUCGCCGAGGGCGAGCCCAUCUUCUUCAAGGUCACCGGUACUCACAGUGUCUACUUGACUGGUAACUACGUCAUGCCUGUUGAUGACCACGACCAUGACCACAGCGAUGAGGAGGACGAGGAUGACUAUGAUCUCUCUCCCGAUGAGAAUGAAUUGGACAUGGACGACAUCAUGGAUGAGGAUGACGAGGAUGACGAGCUCGACGGCUUGGAGAACCCCAGAGUCACCGAGGUCGAGAGUGAGGAGGAAGCUCCCAAGCUUGUUGAGGCCAAGGGCCAGAAGAAGGCCGACAAGGGCAAGAAGCGCGCCGCCGAAGAGGCGAGCCUGGAAGACCUCAUGGCUAAGGACAAGAAGGCCCAGUCUGAAGAGGGUCUGAGCAAGAAGCAGCAGAAGAAGCUCAAGAAGAACAGCGGCGAGGCUGCUGAGGUUGAGCAAAAGAAGGAAGCCAAGGACGCUAAGGAGGGCAAGGAGGCCAAGGAAGGCAAGAAGGUUCAGUUCGCCAAGAAUCUUGAGCAGGGCCCUACUCCUUCAUCGCAGGACAAAAAGUCUGAGACCACUGGUACCCUUGGCGUCAAGAACGUCAACGGCGUCACCAUUGACGACAAGAAGCUCGGAAAGGGCCCUGUUGCCAAGUCCGGAAACAAUGUCUCCAUGAGAUACAUUGGCAAGCUCGAAGACGGCAAGGUUUUUGACUCCAACAAGAAGGGUAAGCCUUUCAGCUUCAAGCUCGGUAAGGGCGAAGUCAUCAAGGGCUGGGACAUCGGUGUUGCUGGCAUGGCUGUCGGUGCUGAGCGUCGCAUCUCGAUCCCUCCGCAUCUCGCUUACGGCAAGAAGGCUCUUCCCGGCAUCCCGGGCAAUUCGAAGUUGGUCUUCGACGUCAAGCUCCUUGAGAUCAAAUAGAUAGAUUAAUUUGGGUCUUGCAACAUUAUGCUGUUCUGUUUUUGUUUUGUCUAAAAAUGGUGUUUUAAGGGGGUUUCCAAUUGCAUCAAUUCCUGUGAUAUCCGACUUGUUCUUUUUGUUUCUUGCACAGCUUUCCGAUGCAUUCAGCAGGGAUGAGGAUAUCGCAAGGAGUUCAGCAUCUCUCGGUUCGAGUUACGAGCCUUGAGGGGGUGUGCGUGUAUGUUGAUAUUGUUUCUUUCGUGUCUUUACAUGGCUGUGUGUACUUGGCAUAAAUAACUCUGGUCUUCCUAAUACAGCUUUGGCUCAUGAGAAAUACUGGUCUAGUUUUUUCGCACUCAAAGAAGCCCG